UUAAUUUUGUAAUUCCGUAGUGGCGCCACCAGCGGUUGCUGCUUAGCCACUCUAUUGUCUCCCAUCCUCUUUUCAAAGGUGUCAUUUUCUGUGUCUUCUCCUGAUUUCCCAGUGCUAUACUGACAUCUUGAUUAAUUGACACAGCUCUGACUAGAAUUGUAUAGCCCUGACUAGAAUUGUAUAAAAGAAAACGUGACUAGAAGUUGACUAGCACUGAGGUCUGACUAGAGUUGAGGUCUUGACAGACGGAACCUUAAGCAAGUUGCUGUGAUAACGGUUCUUGCCCUCCUGACCUGGUGUUCACCCACUGUGUUGAGUGACCCAGUUGUAUCGUAAUCUUUAUUCCUCAUCCAAGCUAGCUCUGCUAGAUUGAUGAUAGAUGAUCAGAAUUCAUGACUUCGUUUUAUCGAGACUGACACAAUAUACUCGUGGUCCAUACAGUCCACUACUCGAGUACCAACCAAGCUAUCAACUAUGAUAGGCCAGAGAACCGAUGCGGGCAGAGAACCGAUGCAGAGAUACAAGUCCUUCAAGGUCCAGUAUCUAAAGCAGAUUGCGCUAUUUCUAACGGAAAAACUGAAAUAGCCCUUAUGGUUAUGGUGACGAAAUGUGGUUAUUUAGAACUUCUUUACAAAAUCGUACUGCCAAUUAAUGCAGCAUAUUUAGAAAUUAACAGUAUAAAAAGGAGUUGUUCUAGCAAAAAAAAAAAUUAGUGUCUGAUACAGCCACUGUUUGAAAGAAACACUCUUUUUCAAGUAUGAAGUUAAUACUGGUUAUUGCUUUCUUUGUAGUUAACGUAACUGCAUCUGUUUACGCUACGCAAAAUCAGUAUGAUUCAGCAUACGCCGUUCAAUCAGCAUACCCCCCAAAAUCGGUAGACCUUUUGAAUGUUCUCAGACAGAAUGGCUUCACAACUUUCGUUGAUCUGAUAGUGAAGGCUGGUUUAGUGGAAACCUUUUCUGCCAAAAGACCUUUCGUCGUAUUGGCCCCCACCAAUGAAGCCUUCGCAGCCAUCGAUCCUGCAAUUCUAGCAGCCCUUUUAAAAGAUAUUUACCUGUUGAGAGACAUUCUUCGUUAUCAUCUGGUGCUUUUCAGGGAGCUAUGCAGUCUCGUGUCUUCCAUCUUUGUUGAACUACCUAUGAACACUGCGCUAGGUGAAGUAGUCCGUUUCAACGUGUACCGAAACAAAGGGCCUUCUUUUGCUACCGAAGAUAUUGCAACAGCUAACGGAGUGCCACUUUUGAGAGCUAUUCCAACAGGUAAAAGCAUUAUUUACCCCAUUGAAAAGGUUCUCAAUCCGCAAGACGUAUCGCCCAACAACACCGCCAUUAAUUUCUUGAGAAGCAACAAAGACUUCUCCAUCUUCCUAAGCGUACUCGAAGUCCUUGGAAUAACUGAAAAUUAUUUCAAAGUCCGUCCAAAAACGACGUUUGUUCCGACCAACGCCGCGUUCAAAGCGCUUCCGCCUGGUGUUCUCGAUUCCAUUUUUGCCGACCCAGACAAAUUAGUUUUGCUUUUAAACACGCACGUCGCGUCUGGAACUUUUUACACAGCUGGACUCAUUGACGGCCCCCUCACCGUUUUAGUUGGCAUUCAGGUGGAUAUUGACGUAACUCCCUAUGGUAUUACCGUGGGAAAUGCUGAAAUCAUUGAGCCGGACAUAACGGUGUCCGACGGAGUUGUACACGUUAUCAGUUCGGUUAUUCAAGCCCAAGAAACUUGCUUGAACCGGCCGUAUUAAUGACGCAUAUUACAAAUGAUUGGCAAUGGAACUGAAACAUUUGAUUUUUUUGUGAAGAAAAUACAAUACGAAUAUUUAGCAUA